AUGGUUAUACACGGAGGUAUUGAUGGCUUUUCGAGGUUGAUAGUAUACCUUCAUUGCUCAACAAAUAACAGAGCUAGUACUGUCCUAGAACUUUUUGAAGCAGGUGUUGCAAAGUAUGGUCUCCCAUCUCGCGUACGUUCCGAUAAAGGAAUGGAAAAUGUUGACGUAGCAUGGUACAUGCUAACGCAUCCAUUGCGAGGUCGUGAUAGGGGCAGCCACAUCGCGGGCAGAAGUGUGCACAACCAGAGGAUCGAGAGGCUUUGGAAGGACUUGUUCACUGGAUGUACCUAUCUCUUUUACAACAUCUUCUGUCACAUGGAGGAGUGUGGCAUACUUGACAAUGCAAAUGAACUUCAUCUAGCAGCAUUGCACUAUGUGUUUGUGCCUCGAAUCAACAGGCAUUUAUCACUCUUCACAGAUGGGCAUAAUAGAAGUCCAAUUAGCACGGAGCGCAAUCGAUCUCCUAAGCAGUUGUGGAUCAGAGGAAUACUGUCCAAUGCUUCACAAAGGAUAGCAGAUGAAUUCAGAGAUCAAGUUUCCCUUGACGACUAUGGAAUUGAUUGGGAUGGUACGCUCCCAACUCAGGAAUGGGAUGGUUCACAUGAAGAAAAUAGUAACAACGUUGAAGUGCCAUCAACACAGUUUCCUUUCUGUCAACAGGAGGUGGAACAGAUGCAAAGAAUUAUUGACCCUUUAAGAGAUUCACAAUACUGCGGAGUAGACAUCUACAUGGAAGUUGUAUACCUAUUAAAACAACGUUUGAGUGAUGGAGAUGUGCAAUAG